GUGAGUUUAUACCGAAUGUAGAAUGGACACUUGAACUACGAUAGUUGACAUACACACAGUUGCAUUAGAUUUGGAAUAAUAAAUCAGAAAACAUUUUCAUGACUUGAUCCUUAUUACCUAUGGCUGAAAAAGCACCCUCUCUCACCUCUCACUAAGACAGCAUUAUUUGGGUCCUCUUUGUGAGACAUUAAAGGCCUUGGAGCUGGCACUUUUCAAGGUACACAUUAUAUAUACUCCCCUCUCACACAUUCCUCUCAUAUCAGUCACACAUACCCACAACAAAUCAACAAACAAAAGAAGAAAAAUCAAUUAAGAAAAGAAACUUCUUUUCUUUUAUUUUAGUUUCAGCAUAAAUUAAAAAAAAAAUGAAGGGUAAGUUCUUCCAAGUAUCCUUAAACAAGUGCAGGAAAAUGAGCAGCAAAGUUAUACAUUCAUCAGAGUAUGAAUGUGAGUCUUGCUGUCAAUGGUGUUUUUGGCCGUUGAUGAGUUUACAGCAAGAAGCCGAAAAGUUCAUCCCUAAGGAUGUGCCCAAGGGUCAUAUGGUUGUAUACGUUGGCCAUGAUCAGAAGAGGUACGUUAUCAAAAUCACCUUGCUUAAACACCCGCUUUUUAAAGCUCUGCUAGACCAAGCUAGAGACCAACACGAUGAUUCCACCACACCGCCACGACUAUGGAUUCCGUGUGAUGAACAUGUCUUCCUACAUGUCGUCAGAUGUGCCCGGUAACAAGCAACAACUGAGAUUCAAGGGGAGAGUCAGUCAUAAGUCAUGACCCUCUUUGAUGUGAAAACUGUAUGUGUAUUUGGCAAUUGGCAUUAUUUGAGGCCUUUUUUUUCUGACUAAUGUGAGAAUGACAUUCUUUGUAAGAUAAUGUAGUAAAUAAGAUUUGUCUGAAUAGCUUGUAAGUUAAUUAUCUAUGGCUAAAGUCCUCAUUUUUAGACUGAAUGAUUUCCAGUUGCAUGGUCAAGUACAUUCAUUCAUUCACUCUCUUAUUAUCUUCUUUUUCACUUUUUUUUUUGUUUUUUAAAAAAAAAAAAGUUUUUAUUUUAUUUUAUUUUAU